AUGCCGAUGACAUGGGAUGCCGAGGCGGAUGCCAGAAUGUUCGCUGCCGUACUCAAGACGACUGAUGUCAAGCCAGAGGCCGCCCGCAUUGCUCCUCUUAUGGGUCCCGAAUGCACAGCCAAAGCAGUGUCUCAUAGAUUGACCGCUCUUCGUAAGAAGGCGGCUGAGCUCGAUGACGCUGCCCCGGCUACUCCUGCAAAGCCGAAGGCCGCCAAGACUCCCAACUCGAAGAAACGUGUCAAGACGGAAGACGACGAAGUUGCUGAGGAGGAGACACCUGUCAAGGCUACAGCAAAGAAGAGAAAGAGUAACGCCGCCAUCAAGAAGGAGGACACCACAGAUACUGUCGAGAAUGCCACCGAGGUCGCUAUCAAGGCUGAGGAGGCUAUUGGCGAUGCUGGUGCUGUCGAAUCGUCCACCGUCGAAACUCCGGUCCGCAACCUUGGUGCUCCGACUCCGGCUACUACUCCAGUCCCGGCUACUCCAGGUGCAGACUCCGCCGUCGCUGAAGCCGAAGUCUCCGCUGCUGAAGAGGCCGCUGCUACUCCUACCGUCACUCCCAAGAAGAAGACUCCCGCCAAGAAAGGCAAGAAGGCCACCAAGGCUGCCGUGGAAUCCACCGAGGAGGGCGCUGUAGCUGCUACCGCAACACCUACCAAGAAGCCUGCUGCUACGAAGAGGGGUCGUGCUACACCCAAAAAGGCUGCUGUGACGGGCGAGAAUGGCGAGGUCACUGAGCCGGCUAGUCCUGCCAAGAAAGGUCGUGCACGUCCCAAGAGCGCCGCAAAAGUCACUCCCGAGCCCAGUACUACCCCAGAGCCCGCCACAGACGCCGAUGCCGAUGGUGAGAAUGGUAAUCCGAACGAGGAUGUCGCUGGUGAAGGCGAUGAUGCUGAGGCUGGCAAGAGCACCGAUGGCGACGUUUCUGCUUGA